GGAACGCUGGUCCUCCAGGAUCCCGACGGCCCCCACGGCUGAGGGACGCUGCGGAAUCGGUGGCGGAGCGGGCCUUCAGGAUGCUCGGAGGACUGUGAAAAGUGUGGCGUGUUUUGUUGGGGUUUAAGUGAGUAAAAGAAACAGUGCCAAUGCAGCAAUACAGGCAGCAGCCAGAAUCACUGGAAGGAAAUCUUCCUGUCUUUGUAUUCCCAACAGAAUUGGUAUUUUAUGCCGAAGAUCAGUCAACACACAAACAGGUGUUGACACUUUACAAUCCUUACGAGUUUGCAUUAAAAUUUAAAGUUCUGUGCACUGCUCCAAACAAAUACGUGGUUGUUGAUGCUGCCGGUGCAGUGAAGCCUCAGUGCUGCGUUGACAUUGUUAUUCGCCAUAGAGACGUGCGGCCUUGUCAUUACGGUAUCAUAGACAAAUUUCGGCUUCAGGUUUCGGAACAAAGUCAGCGGAAAUCACUGGGUAAAAAGGAGGUGAUUUCCGUUCUCCUUCCGUCUAUCAAGGAACAGGAGUGCAAGGAGGAGGAAGACAAACACAUUAAGGAACAUCUGGCUGAGGCAGCAGUUUUUCAACAGACCUCGUUCCAGCAGGAAUCAAGAACAGUGUCCUCGGGACCCAGCUUGCUUACUGUCUUCCUGGGAAUCAUCUGCAUUGCAGUGUUGAUGUUACCAACACUCGGAGAAGCAGAAUCCCUGGUGCCUGUCUACCUCCACUUGAGUGUCAAUCAGAAGUUAGUUGCUGCUUAUGUUCUGGGCCUGGUGACCAUGGUGAUACUGCGGACAUGACCUGUGGCCAGUUGACUGGAAUAAAGGAGGACGAGGGAAGGUUGGAACAGAUGUUGCUGCAGGCCAGGCCUGGUCCUGAGGACAAUCAAUCCUUCGGCAGAGUUGAAGGCGGGUACAUGGCGCCAUCUCCUGUUCCAAGCUGCAUGGAUUUAUCCGUCUCUUGCAUAUUUUAAUAUUUACCAGUUUUGAAGCAAAUCUGUAAAAGUGUAGCCUCCUUGUUCCAAACACCAUAAGGAAGCUUUCUUUGUUUUACUUGCUCUGAUUAGGUUGGAUAAAAUUUCACACGUGCACACAACUUUUAUUAAACAGAACAUCAUUUGUUACUUUUACUUUAGCUGCAGAUUGCUCUGUAAUACCUGGACUCUUGGUAAGUGAGAUCAGGUGUUAGUCCUUGAACAGUACCCAAUGAGAACCCUUCACCAGCAUCAGCCACAACAGUCCCAAAACCUGGACAGCACUUUGGUGGUAUGAAAUUGUCCACACUGUUAUAACAGUGGAAACUGCUGCCCACUGAUUCUGAUGCCACUGUAUGUCCUGCACUUUUUAUUUCAAUGUUUAGUCAUCAAAUUUUAAUUAAGGUGGUCAUGAAACAACCCAACAGAUUUAAAUUGCUAGUCAUAAUAGCUCAGUGGGUAUCUGUAUCCCCUCUGAGGUGGAAGAUUGAGCUUAAAUCCUAUUUCACUCUCCCCACACCUGUUAUUCCCUGCACUGAACCUGUAGCUUGUCAGAGGGAGCAUCAACAUUGUUGCCUAACAGAACCUAUGCCAUCAUUCUGAAGACCAGAGUUCCCUGUGUCCUGGUCUAUAUUUAUCCCUCAAUCGGCCUCACUUAUUCAAUUGUUAUGACAGUUGCAGAGUGGACUCAAUGGGCCAAAUGGUCUAAUUUACUCCUAUAUCUUAUGACAUAGUGGGAGCUUUCUGUGUGCAAAUCACUUGUGAAGUCUCCCUGUUGGAAACAUUUCUACAGUACUUUAUAAUCUGUGAAUUCUGCAUUGGACAAGACUGGUGAAUAAGGCAGCAAUUCUUCAGCUAGGGCAGUAAAUCAAAAGGAAAUGUCUUCUUUCUUCAUUCACUUCAGGACUGAAGACCCUGUGAAGACCACACUGCUCACUCACGUGGGGCGGUGGGGGGGGAGGAGGAGGAAACGAGGGUGAGUAGAUAAACUGAAAGUUGGUGCAGAGCUAGCCCCCAUGGUAUUUCCAUUAGAUAGCACAGGCCUAUACUGGAACCAGUUACAGUGAUUGUGCCCAUAGGUGUCGCAGCACUGUACUGGAACAGGCUGCAGUGGAUAUGCACAUAGCUGACGCAAGUCUGUACUGGAAUCGGCUGCAGUGAUGUGCCCGUCAGCUUUUGGUCAGUGCACCAAGUGCCUUCUGCAGUGAGGCUCAGCUGAUGUACUUGCAGACUACCCAUUCGUCAGUGAGAUCACACUGGCAGCAGUAAGUAAGACAUUCACAGUUACCUUACAGUAGAAAGAAGUCCUUCAAUUAGAUGUUUUAACAUGCUGCAACUCUGGUCAAAGGGGGGAAAAGGAGGAGAAGUUUGGCAUAAGUCUAAUCUGGAGGCAACUGAAAUCCCAACCAAAAGUGUUAUGUAUAUCUCAUUUCACAAAAUACUGCAAUCUUUUCAUUUGUGGCAGUUAAAAUGAGGUCUGAGAGAGUGAUAUAAUGGAAUUGUAUUUACCAAAGCUAGAAAUCUGAGUUGGUAAAUAAAAUGUUAAAAAUUACAUGAUAUCCUAUCCACCUGGCUGCCAGUUGCUUCCCGUACUGGGUUCCACCAGCCUUCAGAAACCUACACAGAGCCUAAGUGCAGCACAAGGGCCCUCCAUAAGUACUUUCCAUCUAAUCAGGAAAAUUAAAUCCAGGCUUUUCUGAAGGGAAUACUUCAGAACAAUUAUAUUUUAAAAAACUUGUUUAAAAUCUUGUUUAAAGUUAUUCUUUUGCAUGAGAUUGCAUAAAGUUUAGAAUAAUUGGGAGUUAAAUUGUAAUUGUUACAAAUACAACCGGCAGAAGCUGUGCACUAAAUGUCCGGAAAUAAGUUGCAGGUCAAAUCAUAUUCAGAUGUAUUGGCCCAUCCUGUGAUCACACUGUGCAAAUCUACAUUUUGCAGACUAUGGUUAAGAGUCAGAACAGUAAAACACCUUGUAAAUGUUUACAUCAUGAUUUAUACAAUUUAUUUAAACAUUUUAAUAAAGUUAUUUUUAGAGAACAGA